GGUCGUCGUGCUGUCGUCCAAUCAAAAAGUGGGAUGUUUAUGCGACCUGGUCAGCCAUGUUGUGGUUUUGAAUGAGGAAGAAGCGGGAGAUAAUAUUCUUCAGUGAGUUUAAACGCAGUUUAAAGUGACACCAAGGAUAUGUAAAUGACUUUCGCUGUGACUCAAAAAGAUGACCGUUUUUGUGAAAGUGAUGGUUGCGACUCAUUGCAUCCCUGUAGGAAUUUAAACACAUUUCCAUAAAUUAGCCGCGUUGCUAACUGCGCUCGCUAGCAGGACAGUGAGCACGGGGCUAGCAAGGCUCGGAGCUAGCACUCGGCUAACUAGCUCACAGUUAGCGUGUCUCUCCGGCGUGUAAAAUGGUAUUUGUGAGGUGUGUUAGCCGAUGAAAGAGCCUCACUAACCUGCCUCUGCCGAAUGAAGCGCAUUAGCUUCUUUUGUUUUGACUCUAUUGUCAGGUAAGUUAGGUUGCGAAGCUGCUUCAAUUCGUCCCCAGACCGCGGUGUUUUUUUUCCCCUGAAACUUUUGAGCCAUGUUGAAUAAAAUCUACGAAUGGAUAGAAACGGGCUUCGCCAAUCUUCGCAAUGGUGUACCAGCUGCGGAGCACCUGGACACACACCGGGCACCGGGAGAUGGUCAACUCAGGAGGAAAAGACCAGCUGAAUGGUACGGGCUGCAACUGCGUUUUUUACUCCUUUGUGUGAUCAAUAAUUAUAAAAAGUGGUUUGAAAUGACACAAGAUUCAUCUGAAACUAGACUGACAAGGCAGGGUAUUAAUUUUGUGACAUUAAAACAGCCAUUUGUUCAUGUUAUGUUGAUCCCAGAAAGAACUCGGUGUGUCAACAAAGGUGGAAACUGUUGUUGAUUACAGCAUCAAUGUGUUAUUUUAGUUUGGAAGAUGGACUCAAUGUCGAUCAAGACGGAGUGAUGGUCAAAAAAUCUCGCAUGGGUGAGUAUGAAUGACAAACAGUAGAUUUAAAGGACAGUGAUAGUCCUAAACUGAGAAUGUAGAUGCUUAAUGAAAGGAGACUUUGUGGUGAUGUUGUUACAUUAGAUCACAUUGGUGUUUAAAAUCUUGUGACUGGCUGCUGGACAUACAUAAAUCCCUGUUGACUUCAAUUUCUGUUCCACAUAUCUGCAGGGGAUCUUAUUGACACAGUCAAGAAUGCAGCUGAAGGGGUUAGAAGUCACAGCUCCAAUGUGGCUUCAUGGAUGAGGACCAACAUGAGCCCCACCUUUAGAAACAUACUGCCUGCCUCCCCUGGCCCUCCGUCUGGAGAUAUCCAACUGCAGCCCUCUACAUCAGCAGCAGACUGGGCAGGGAGGCCGGUAAGAGAUGGGGUCAGACUUUUAAAUGUUGUGACAAUCAUUGCAUUUUUGUAAAACAGUGACCUUUAUUCAUCAACGUGUUUGCAUUUAAGAUCGUGGAUAGGAACUCUCUUGAUGAGACAUUUGCUGCUCCUUCAACAACUUUGGAUUGGAGAACAUUAAAAUCAGGUAAGAUUAGCACAGUAGGUGGGCUUAGCGAUUUUAAAUUGAUUGUUGAUAUUAUAUAUGUUUAUAAUAAGAUCAUGUCUAUAAUACUAAUGGCAGUUGAUCAGUCUUUCGUGCUCCCAUGGUGUGGGCUAAAGCAAACAACUAAGUAGAAAGUACUGUAAUGUUGCGGGUUGGCAAACUGUUGAUUGAGCUACUGCUGUACAUAAAGAUAAGGCUAGUUCUUCCUAAGUACAAAAACGCCAAGAUAAAGUAAGCUGAAUGUCUUGGGCAACUUUUGGAGGGUUGGCCAUGGGUCUGUUAAAGGGAUAUUCGGGCGUAAAAUUAAUUUAGGGUCAAACACACCAUGCAUUUUGGACUGCAGACGUGGUAGUUCUUCUGCCUUCUCAUCUCGGUCUGAUUGCAUUCCCAUGAAGCGUCUAACUCGGUGUUACAGUGUGUUUGACCCAAAAUUAAUUUUACGCUGAUUAUCCCUUAAAUUUCUCAUUUACAAUAUCAGUUGUUUUUAGUUAUUUAAAAUUUCAAAUGUAUUCUACUUAUUUGAGAAAUAGUGAAUUGGAUUAAAAUCAAGAAACCAACCUUCAAAACAGCUUUUGCAUCAAGUUUGAAAGUGUAGAUUGGGGUUUUAAUGCUGGAAACAGUAUUGAUUGUUGUACUUCUGUUGUCAUUCUUUCUGUUGUUUAGAUUGCCUGCGGAGUGAAAAGUUUAUUAUGGGAUCAAAAGUCUGUAGACGUCAAGUGUGUAUGAGUCCCACACAUCGUGAAGUGCCUAAAACGAAUGGGCAUCCAGUCAACGGGCCAGCCUCCAUCACCCCUGAAUCACACCCCUCCCCACGACUUGGCAGGCCCCUAAACCUCAGACCACAUGGCAUGCCAAGGUAUUCCCCAAAUCUUCUGUAUCUGUUUUUUUUUUUUUAUGUUUUAACCUGUAGAAAAAUUAUGUAGAGUAUUUGUCAUCAAGAGAUUAAACAUCACUGUUUGUGUCUGCAGUUCGUUUUGUGGAACGGCGAGCAGCUCCUGCACCAGCAUGUAUGAAAAGACCUUUCCCAUCAAAGUGGUCCAGAGCCCAACACACAGCACCUCAUCUGGCCGUAUACACAGGACCAGGCCUCGCUGCACCGCACAAGAGGUCAGGUGACAGGACAAUAAGGCAUACUUGGAUUCCUUUCUGUUCCUGCUUUUGUUAACACCAUGGUUGUCCUCUGAUUUUGUCCAGUCUGUUCGGGAAGAAGAGAAGGAGGUCUACAGACAGCUUCUGACCAUGGUCUCGGGUGGUCAGUCCUCUUUCAUUCACAAUGGCAGCUCACAUGCCAUCGUGAGGUCACACAGAGAUUUGUACGUAUCCAAGCAUGAUCACUGAAUCAGCAUAACAAACCUGUCACAUGAUUUAAUGUCUAUAUCUUUGAUGUCCUUAUCCCUGUCACAUCUGUCUCUCAUCAGCACCAGCUUUCUGACCACCAGCCGCAGACUUCUACAAGCCUCAUCUCCUACCCAGUCAGCUGCAGAUGGGACUUCAGAAGGACCGAGCAGCCCCCCAAGUCCGAGGGGUAUGUCCAGCCAGAGCUCCAGCAACCUUCCCAGCCCAACUGGGGCCUCCAACAACAGGCCAGGGAGUCAGGCGUGGUCUGUCGACACAGACAUCAGCUCCAGCAGAGCAGCUACUCUCACAUCAGUCCCCUCCCCUUCUGCUCUGCAGGAUAACUCAUCUCAGGACACACAAUCAUCAGGUUAGAUUGACAUCCCUGUGAAACUUGUUGUCAUGUUUACUUUUUAUUCUGUUUGUAAUCUCCUUCUCUAUUUCUUGCAGCCCAUGAUGGUGACUCUGUAAUUAUUGUAAAUGAAAAAAAGGGUAAAAAGCAAGACAGCUCAAGGUGAGUAAUUGGUUUAGUCAGUAUUAUUCCAAUAAUGUCACUGUUUAAUACACACCCACUUUCACAGCAGUUUGUUUAGUUUUACUUUUGUUGCCAAAAUGAUCAGUAAUAUUUUAUGGUAGAUAAUGUUGUAUCAACGAUUUGAAACCCACAUUUCUACUGAAAUAAAACCAAAGUGUCAGAAACAUUUUCUGUAAUUGGAAUAAAAACAAGGACAAGGCACACACACAGGCCUUGAGGUCUGUUUCAGGAGUAGAGUUUCUCCAACUAAUCGUCUAGUCCACCACUAGAACCACAAGUCGGUGCUGUGGGCAACUGUCAACUAGUCAAAUGAUCACUACCACAGGGAAGAGGUGCUGACCUUUGCUCUGAUGUGAUUUGUUCAGAAAAACAUCAGUGACUUUUUUCUUUACGUGUAGGUAAAAUGUGAUUUGGAAUAGCGUGACAUCUCACUGUGGAAUUCUUGAGAUUAAAAACACUGUGAAUCUAGUUCAAGUUAAAAAAUUUUUUACAACCAUUUAAUGAUUCGAUUCACACUGAACAUGGGGAGGGACAGGGUCACCCAACAAUUAUUUUAACAGAACCCCUGGGUCAUCUUCUGAUACCCUCUGUGAGGAUUUUGCAGACCACUUCAGAGUUCUAUAUUAAUAAAGUUGAAUUUAAAUUUGAAAUUUAAUGAGCUGUUCACAGUGACUGGAAAAAGAGCAGCUUUUUAAAUGGACAAAUAGCCUUUCGUAUUGACUGACUUUAGCCUGUGACUUUAUUCCCUCUAUUGGACGGUGGUCUGCUUUUCCAUCAUCAGCAUAGAUCCACCUGUUGCUGUGUGCUUAUGAUGAGCAUUUGUCUCUGUUUCUACAGUGUGCCAUGUUUCCAAGCGGAGUUAUGGAUCAAAGAACUGUAAGUACACAGUAAUAGCCUUAAAUUUAGAUACUUAUCAUUCACUGGGUUUUAUGUUUCAGUCAUGGUAAACAUUCCUUUUGGUCCCUGUAGGACCAGCAUGUAUGACUCGCGAGCGAGAGAGAGACGGAGACAGAUAGAGGAGCAGGAGGCUCUGGCUGCCCAGCUGCUGAGACAGGUGAGCGUUCAUGUGUGAAGUCCUCUUCCAGUUUGAUUGUGUCGGUGGUUUCUUUUUCACUUCUUAUCUAACCUACCUGUGUGAUGAUGGUACUUAAUUACAGCGCCUGUCUGAAGAGGGGCAACGAAGCCCAGAUGUCGAGGUCCAUGUUCGAGUUCCCUUGGAGAAGGAGGUUCCUCUGACUUUUGUGAUUGAAGAACCAAAGCCUGUGGAAGAGAAGCCAGAAUUCCCUGAACUGACGGAGGUUUGGUCCAUGAAUCUCAACAAAUACAGUGUUAACCAUGAAGAGAAAAAAAAACGGAUAAUAGACCUGCUCCGUGUUUCUGAGCUUUUGUAUCUUUUUCUCCCACUCAUCUGAUCUGAUCUGAAAAUGUCCUCUACAUGUACUCUUUCUCUAUGUUUGUAGGAAAUUGAGGCUGGGGUGAACAAAGCACUGAGGGGAGGUGGAUCUCAUGAAGUAUUAAGUGAAGGUUUUGGUCUCAGCCUGACACGCAAAGACCUACAGACUCUCAGCAACCUUAACUGGCUGAACGAUGAGGUGAGUUCACCAUCCUUGUGUCAAAUCUGUGUGUGAACUGUCAGCAGAGUAAUAAAAUCUUCUCCCUCCCUAAUCUCUCAGGUGAUCAACUUUUACAUGAACCUGUUGGUGGAGCGCAGCAAGGACCCAAACCUGCCAUCAGUCAAUACCUUCAACACUUUUUUCUAUCCUAAGCUGCGCAGCAGUGGCUACUCUGCUGUCCGCCGAUGGACCAAAAAGACUGACAUCUUUUCGAAAGACAUCCUCUUGGUUCCUAUCCACUUGGGGGUGCACUGGUGCCUCUCUGUGAGUCUCAUUCAGUAAAUUAUGAAACUGAAAGUUGAGAGUCUUGGGGUUUAAACUGCAGGGAAUCAUUUCGCUACUCUUUUCUUGUAGGUGGUGGAUUUCCGCAAAAAGGAAGUCCUGUAUUUUGAUUCUAUGGGAGGAAACAACGAUGAAGCAUGCAGAUUAUUGUUGUAAGUUUCAUUAUCUGUUUUUAAAAUGUGUACUUUACUGGUAAAUGUGAUCCUGGGAAUGAAUAGGUAGUGAUUGAUCUUUGUUUCCACAGUGAUUAUCUGCAGCAGGAAAGUAAGGACAAGAAGGGUAAAGAACUGGAUACCUCAGGCUGGACCCUGUACAGCAAAAAGCGCCAUGUAAGUCCUAGACACAUGAAAGCAGAGGGCUCUGUUUGUUUUUGCAGUGAUUUUAUCUGCAUCAGUUUUGUAAUCAGACAGAAUGUACAGAAAAGGGCUACAUGACUGCCAUUAAACCCACCUUCAUGUAGUGUGUAGGAGUGUGUAAAACUCUAAAGCACUGAGUAUAUUUAAAAGAUAUUUUAUAGAAAGCUUUUAUCUUAAAAAAAAAGCUCUGAAUAACUCGAAAAAGUCUUUGUUGCCUCACUGAAUACUGCGUGUUUCAAUGGUAGAGUGAAAAAUACAGAGAUUUGACGGUGUUCUGUCACAGAGGGAAUGUCUUUGAGGUGCUUUGACAAAAAUAGAGCUUUUGAUGAAGGUAUAAAGCCUCUUUUCACUUCUUUAUACAAAGGAAAAAUCCUGAAUCAUCAGCUGUCAUACUGCCUUCUCGGUUUUACUGUCUUUUACCUGAGAAACAAUGUAUCUGUCUUUUUUUGGACUGAUAUCAUUCAAGGAACGUUCACAGUUUGUUUGCUAAAGGGUUGUGUUGUUUCGGAAAUUUUUUCUCUUGCUACAGAGCAAAAUGCACAAAAAAUGCUCAGCAAAACCACUUUAUGUUUGACCCCAAACUUUUCAAUAAAAAUUUGAUUGACACAAUAGAGUAAUCAUUAUGAUUUUAAAACAUCCCAUCAGAUUUCACUAAAAUGACUGAUGUCGUGCACCGUCCAUUAAAAUUAAACCAUUUCUCAUUCGCUCUCAGGAAAUCCCCCAGCAAAUGAAUGGCAGCGACUGUGGAAUGUUCACGUGCAAAUAUGCAGAUUACAUCACCAAAGACAAGCCAAUCACAUUCACACAGGUAAGUGCCAACCAUACACUCAAAGAAGGCUUCAGUGUGAGGAGGCUCACAUGACGUCGUUGCUGAUGAAUUGAGUUUUUCUUGCGCAGAAACACAUGCCCUACUUCAGAAAAAGGAUGGUGUGGGAGAUUGUGAACCACAAGCUGAUGUGAUGUCAGCAGCAGGUCACUGAACUCACAAAAAUGGCUCACAGUGUGAACACGAGUCAAACCUAUGGAUGAGCUUCAUUCAACUGACAGUGGUCCUGUUCUGGGAUUGGCUUGCACACCAGCUCAUCAGAUCAGGAACCAGCUCUUCUACUCUGCCUCCCCCAGACCCUCUUCUGAUGGGAUGGAGUCCCCAGCACUGCCUCCAGUCCUCCACUCCUCUGUUGUUGUUUUUUUUUUUUUUUUUGGGUGCGUCCAUCGGGAAUCAGUAUAGCAGCUGAGACACACACACUGCAUGUUUUCAGUCACCCAGCCAGAACAGAUUUUGAAAUCACUCUGACUUACAAACCAUACUCUGAGGUGCAAUUUUCAGUUUGGUGCAGACAUAACAAAGUUUACAUGUCAGGGAGAUGAGUGUAUUUAUGCUGCAUACUCUUUUUGUACAGACAAGUACUGCAUUUUGGUGUCACGCUCAUUGUUUGAUACUUUUUGAUUAAACUAAAAACUACCAUCUCCAAAGCUGGCCUCUUUGCGUCCAGGCUCACGACUUUUUCUGUUUUUAUUUUCAUUUUUUUUAUGGUCACCUGUAAGAAUGACCGUUGAAGCAAAAGCAGCCUCAGAGUAUGAUUUUGAAUUAAAGCAGGAUGUGGUCUUUUCUUUCUACUCAGUGUCAUGUGUAACCAAACAGUCUUAAUUACACCCUCAAACUGCAGGGUUGGAAAGUUUUGCCAUUUCCUCCUGUUUCAUAAGUCUUCAUGAAAGAUUGUAAAUUAAGGUCCAAAAUCUAUUUUAUGUAUCUCAGAUUUACUUUUUUUGUUCAACAGACUUUUGGGCAUAUUUGGUAUAUUUUGAAAUUUGUACAUAAAAAAAACAUAUACAGCCUCUUGAAAAGUGUAAUAUACUUUUUCUUUAUGUAUUUUUGUUAUCUAUUUUUAUCUAGAUUCCAGUCUGUUUUAGAAAUAAAUCCUCCUGUAUUGUGACUGUUUUUUGCGCAUUACCUCAAAUCACCUGGUUUUGAUAUCUAAAAAAAAGCCACAUUUGAUAAAACUAAGAACUUGGACAUGUGUUUUGGCUUAUUUUAAUUGUAAAGAACUUUUUAUAUACUAUGGAAAUUGCUGUGUAACAAAAAGCACACACAAACCGCAGUGGAAAACCUUUAUUUAAAAACAAAAAAACAAACCAAGUUAAAAGUAGAGAAGAAGACAAAGCUGCAUCAUGACAUAGACAGACUGAGGAUAGGUUUAUUCACAAAAAGACUGCAUACAGACAGAUGAACGUGAGACACAAACCAAUCCCGUAAGGACUUGAAAAUGAGUGACCUUAGACUGAUAGACUUCCAACAGUGAUCCAAAAUUAGCAGCAACAGUUUUAUUCUUUCAAUAUUUUCUUUUCAGUUUUCUGGAAACAAUAAAAAGCUGUUUACUCUUUGCUUCAUCGAUCGGUUCAGAGGAGUUCGAUAGAAGACAAAUCUUUUCAACACUAGCAGUGUGGUAAAAGCAAGUUCCAGUCAAGAGUUCAAGCACACCAAAUCCAAACCAAAAAGCACUUCACCAUCUUCUUCAGUGAAAUCUAAGGCAUUUAUGUGAAGUUAAACUUUCACCUGGAAAUGAAUGGUUCCAUGAAUUACAAAAAAACUAACAAAAAAAAGACACCUGCAACGAUUACUCAAGAGAGCAGAAGUUAACAAACAGGAGGUGGUCAGACAUGAAGCUUUGACCUAAAAAAACAACUGGAUGGAAUGAAGAAUUACACGAAACAACCCUUUAAAGGCAUCCUUUCAAAUCGAAGCAUGAUAGACGAGUUGGCAGCUUGUCUUCACAGACUUUUCUAGAGUUUCUACAUUUCCUACAGUCAUGUGAAAAACCACAUAAUGGUUUGAAACAGUUCCCUUUUUAAUGCAGUGAUGAAUGAACCAUGUGUCAAGUCAGAAAAACACACAAAUCUGAAAGCAUGUACUGUAUAUCAAAAAUAACCGCAAUGAGAGCCUGAAGUCGUGGAGUGAGGUGGUUCUUGGAUAUCUGUAGUAUUGCAUUUAUAAAGAUAAUAAAUAAAUUGCAUAGAUCACAAGACCUUGGGUGUAUAUUGGACAGAAGAGUUAAAGGAAGUUGACACAGAACCAGCUGUGAACAGCCAUGAGACCUCCUGUAGUUGGUUAUUGCCUGUGAACCUUGUACACUAACUGAAUCUACGCUGCUCUGGCAGGAUGAGGUAAGUUGAGGUUUUUGAACAUAAACGUCUGCAAUAAACAUUGUUCCCGACUGCUUAGGGCACAACAAACUGUAACGAUGCAUCUGAACCUAGCAUACAUGAGUUAUCUGUGAUCAGGAGUCACCGGAUGCCAACAGUUGUGGCACAAAAAAACCUGAAACAUCUGCAGAAAAAAAAAAAACACGAUAAAACGUUUUUGACAACAGCACCGGAACCAGACUGAGAAAAGAUUCAUCAUUCAUCUCUAAAUUACAACAAAUUAGAGACAGAAAAGCUGAAAACAUCUACUUCUUACUUUCAAAGUACACAACACACUAUAAAAAUAAAAUCAAGGCUUCUGAAAAAAAGGACAAAUCUUUUAAGCAUUAAAAACUGGAUUAAAAAAAACCAAACUUUUAAAUAAGAGUUGUAAAAAAAAAAACAUGAAGCCGAAAAACUGAAGCUGAAGGAAAAACAACAACAGCCAGUAUCGAAGGAUUCUCUAUCCUAGCCUUAGUGUUUUUCUGAAGAUACAGAUCUACACUUUACCUGUUGAUCUCCAUGUCUUUACAGUAACAACUUCAUCUGACAACAACGUCCAACUCUCACUCUAUAAAGUACAAUUUUAAGAAAAAGAAAGUUUAAUUUCCCUUUUUUUUUAAAAGGGAUGUGAGGAGACACUGAAUGGAAGUGCAGUGUCUGGACAAUAUUGUUGUUACAACUGAAGCAUUACUAAACGGGAAGGAAAUGGAAGGAAAGCCGACAUACAUUUAAAUCUCUUAUUUACAGGCAGCUCUGUGUGAGAUGUGAUCCCAGUAAAAAGCAACUUUGGAUUUUAUCAAGAGGUACGGCUCGAAGGGGACGAAUAACUUUCCGUGACCAUCUCUGGAAUGCUUUAAAUCCGUUUAACGACUGUUUCCUCUCUUCUUUGUAAUCGUAUGAUUGUCUGAAGCUUUUGUUAAGAUUGUUAGAACUCUAAACUAUGAGAGUGAAGUGCCAAUAAGAACUAAACGCUCUUGAAAUGAGGUUCAUCACCUGACAGAAUUGAAGAGAAACUAAUCCAAGUCAGCACCAUAUCUGCCAAAAGGAUGAGACCCUAGUUUUUGAAAAGACCGCUGCUCAUCUUUUUCAACCUUGUAAGGUUCAAAUAUUUGCAUCAACCAGUAAAACUAGGAAACAUGAAGCUAGAAACACAGCAAGGAAUUAUGUACAAAAAAGGCAAAUUCAAAACAGGAAAAAACAGAACAGCUUACAAAAGGUCCAAACAAAACGCGACUCAGAACAAAACGUUGGAACUGUUCUUUUCCUGCUUCAGGAACUCUUUUAAACCUUGUGGUGUCUGUGACUUUUCUUGACUGCAAUCAAAACAGACGCUCCUUCUUCUAAUCCUCCAUUGCUCCUGUUGUGUGUGUGUGGUCCUCCAGUCUUGCUUUCUUGGGGAAAAAAAAGGAAUUUGUUUGAAAAUAUGAGUUUGUAGAAAAAAUCUUUUGUUUGUCCUUUCUGCAUCACAGUCCGUGUUCCUCCAGAGCGUUGAGCGCCUUACAUGCAGAGUCACUGUGUUGAGUUUUCAAGCACUUGAGCUCUUUGGGGAUCACUCUGGCUCCAGAGGAAGACCUAAUACAGGGGGGAAACAGGCCAGUUAGAGAUAAGAGCUAAUACUUCCCAUAUCAUCAGCUGAUCCAGUGUCAAUACCAACGCUGUGCUUUGUUUAUCAUCAAUUGCAAUACUCCUUUUUGUAUCAUGUGCAAAAUUAGCUUCAUAACACAAGCUCUGUUUUGGUCUGUCAUUGUUCCAAUAGUUCCAUUUGAUAAAAAAGUGUCACUUUGAGACACGCUACAAAAAGAGCAGGUCAUCAUAUGUAUUACUAAUUCUCAUAUCUUAUGAAAAUUGGAUUUCACGUUGCAUUUUAACAUUUUAAUCUAGCGCUAUAUUUUACAUCCCUAGUUUCACCCGUUUCUGGGGUUUCUAAAGCAUUAUACAUUAUAUCAGCUCACUUUUUCACAAGUUUGGGGUCUCCUUUGUUGUAUUUUUUGAUGCAUUUAAUGUUUUAAGUGAAUGACAAGUUAGGACUCUGGACAGAUGGACAGGCCAGUUAGGUCCCAGGAUUCUCCCACAACUCUGCCAUGCUGCCGUACUACAUGCAGAAUGUGGUUUGGUUUGGUAGUAUCCUGCUGAAACAUGGUCUCCCCUAAGAAGAGGCAUUGUCUGGAUGACAGCAUAUGUUGCUCCAAAACCUGUAUAUAUUAUUCAGCACUAAUGGUGGCUUUUGAACUGUGUGCUGAUUACAGGCCUUGUAUAUAAUCUCCUUCAGAGUGGAGGAUGUGGCGUCCAUGAUUUCCUCUGUUCGCCUCAAACAGGGCUCAGAGAAGUCCCUACAUUUCUGGAUGUUUGUUCAUUGUUUCCUCUCUGCAUGGUACAAUUUUAAACUGCACAUGUGGAUGCAGCAAUGACUGACUGUUUUUUAGGGUGAUUUUGAGCCCAUGCAGUGGUUUCCACUUCAGAGUUAAGUCUGUUUUUAACACAGUGCCACAUGUUUGCCUGAAGAUCACAGCCAUCCAGUAUUAGUUUUCCGCCUUGUUCCUGUUGUGUAGAUAUUUUUGUACAGAAUCUUUUAAAGUUAUUACAUACUGCAGAUGAUGAAGCCUCCAAAUGAUUUAAACUUCUACUCUGAGCAACAUUAUUUUGAAAUUGUUAAAUAACUUCCUUGGUCUGUGUCUCACAGAGUGAUGAGUCUCUUCCCAUCUUUAUUUCUGAGGGACUCAGCCUCUCUGGAAAUUCCUUUUUUUUGUUCUCAGUCAAGCUCCUGCUGAUUGCAGUUUAACCUCACCUAGUUGUGAGAUGAUCUUCUGAGUGUAUUUUUACCAUUACACAGUUGUCAGUCUCUUGUUCACACUGUCUCACACUGUGUGCAUUAACACUUUUCACUGCAGUUUGCAAGAUUACUGUUAAGCAUAAAUUCUUUGUUUAUGCUCAUUAAUUCAUAUAAUUUGCAAUAUUCCUUUACAACAGUAAGGGUCACCCAUUGUGCUUUUAACACCACAUGCAGUAUUACCUCCUGCCAUUUCUCCUCUAAGUUGCUCACAGUGUGACUUUACCUGUCAUACUCUCUUGAUACACUACUUGAAGCAGUGUGUCUUUGCACUUAACCUUAAUCCACUUAACAUGUUCAUGUACUUUUAAGUGCUUUGUACGUCAUCAAGUUUGUUGCUCAACUUUUGUAAAUUAAUGUUAGAGCAAUCCAGCACCACAUUUUCCUUACUGUUAUGUUACCAUGUUUGAUCUCACUGAAGAAGGACAUAAAAUAGCUAGACAAAACAAUCCUUUUGGAUUUCCAUACAUGCAAAAUGAGCUAUGACUGAACCCACCUCUUCACUUGUUAUGCUGGUAGGGGUAGGUUGUGUGUUCUGUGGGUGUCUCUAUGGCAACAGGUGGUUGGACGGCACUUUCCUGAGAGAGAGAGGCAUUGAAUAUUAAACCCAUGAGUAAGUCUUCAACCUUUUAGUGGCACACUGUUCUUGAAAGAAGAGGACAUUACCUCGACUGAGAUGUUGGUGGCAGGCACUUGGGUGUACUGGGGGAUAUACGUCCCCUGCAUAGAUGUGUUUGCAGGCAUAUACUGCAGGAGGAACAUUAUAGCUUCAUUAGACAUUACAGCUACAUUGGCAAUAACACUUGUAUAAUGAUACAGUGGUCAAAGCUACACGUCUUUGUUAAUCUAGACUAGAGUAACAGAGGGGGCUUCUCAAACUGCUAACCUGCUGAUUUACCAAAAUAAAAGUCCAGUUACCUUCAUUCAAAGAUUUGGUAGCUCUAAAAACAAUGAACUAUCAGCUACGAAAACGAAAACUGAGAUCAUUCUAUCUGACUGCCAGUUUCUGCUACCUUGUGAUCACAAACUUAUCCUGCAAUACAUGUAUAGUCUUUAAAGAAAUUAAUAAUUCCGCUAAACGUGACACCUUUUAUUGUUGCUGAACAUCCUUGAGCAUAAAUCUGCACAAUGUAGUUUUGACUUUUGAGGAUCAAUAAUAGCUGCAUGAAAAAAGUAGAAUGAGCUUUCUGUUCAUUGACUCAAGUAGCUGUAAAUUCUUAGUUUGUUUAUUCAGACAGUAAUGAAUGGUUUAGACUAUUUCUUUUAAAUUAUCUGUAGCUAUCAAUCAAAUACUACUUGGCAAAUGUUAUGAUAAUUUACGUUGAACUAGGAUGAAUAACAUGAUUUCAACCAAUGAGACUUAAUUUUCUGUAGUAAACCAACCAGCAGAUUAUGGCAUUUAGUAUUUUUUGUUAGUUUAAUGUUUGUAUUACAAGCAGUUUUAAGUAAUUGAAUCAGUCUGGUACAUCUGUUCCUGCUAAAUUGUCCAGAUUGAUGAGUAGAUUCAGUUUGUUUGGACAAUUAGAGUUAUUAAAUCAGGACAAGCUAAAAAUAAUAUCCUGCUAAUAGACUGUGUAUUGUGUACUCUAUUCACAGUCUUCAAUCCUGCUUCAUUCAGAGAACAGCUUGCAUGGAGCCAUGACAUGCAGAUUAUACUCUAAAAAUUCUUUACAUUGGGCGAAUGUCUGAUAUUUUGCUUGAUUAAUGACCUCAAGUUUUACUACAACCUGCGUUUUCAUUUUUGAGUGAAUACUAGCUUUUCCACUGACUGUGCCACUGCUGCCCAUGGAGAGGUGACUAAGCUGCUGCGUCAGGGGUCCAAUCAUGGACGUCGGCUGGAUGGACAUGGUGUGCUCCAUUCCUGGUGUCAGAACUGCUCCCUGUGGAGAACAAACAGAAGUGUUCAUUCUUAUUAUCAGUACAAAGAGGCUCUUAUUCAGACAGCCUGAGAGAGUAUAAAGCAAUAUAAAAAGCCAACAAAAACAAGAAGUGGGAUGAUACUCACUGUGGGUGGCAUGAUGUACGACUGGUGAUGUAACCAGGAGGGGUUGUGUACCUACAUGAACAAGAAGAAUAUAUAUAAACCAGGAUAAGACACACUUAAGAGAAAGUGUGGUUGGUGGUGUUUCAUAAGCUUUGAGGCUCUGACUGUACCUGGUAUGUGGACACAGGUGAAUGCAUGUAUGGAGAAAGGGAGGACGGCCCAAUCAUUCUGUUUGGGGCAAUGCUGUAUGGAGAGGAGUAGAACCUAUAUAAAGUAAUAUACAGAGAAAGAGAGAGACAUAAUUGUCAACACCACAUCAUGUCAUGUUUUCUGCAUAUGUACACAGGGUUAAUUCCAGUGGUAGAACUGACCCGUUCUGUAAGGCUGUGGUGGGGUCAUAUGUAAGGGUCAUCCCUCCCUGAAAAAGCAAGACAAAGAUCUGUGUUAUUAGUCAGCCACCCAAAGCUGUGUUUCCUCAGAAGUCAUCAGGACAUGAAGAACUCACACUCUCCCCAUCUCUCGACCAGGACCGC